ACCAAAUCUUUAUUACCUAGCUAAUUAAGCCAACUGCAAUGAAAGGUGUUUAUUUCCUCAUAAGCACUCUUGCCAUAUUGGCAUCUGCAACCUUCCUUGUCUCUGCCUCUGACCCCGGUCCUCUUCAGGACUUCUGUGUAGCACUGAAUGACACCAAAUCUGCUGAAGCAGUGUUUGUGAAUGGGAAGUUCUGCAAGGACCCAAAGCUUGCCAAUGCAAAUGAUUUCUUCUUUUCUGGCCUCCAAAAUCCAAGAAACACACAAAACCCGCUUGGUUCAAAUGUGACAGCCGUGAAUGUGGACAACCUACUAGGAUUGAACACUCUCGGCAUAUCCUUAGCUCGUAUAGACUUUGCACCAAAUGGCCUAAAUCCUCCUCACACUCACCCUCGUGCCACCGAAAUCCUUGUGGUCUUGGAAGGAACACUCUAUGUUGGUUUCGUCACAUCCAACGGUGAUGGCAAUCGCCUAUUCACUAAAGUGUUGAACAAGGGAGAUGUGUUUGUGUUCCCAAUUGGCCUCAUUCACUUCCAACUCAAUGUGGGAAAAGUCAACGCUGUAGCCUUCGCUGGGCUUAGCAGCCAGAACCCAGGAGUGAUCACCAUAGCCAAAGCAGUGUUUGGCUCCCAGCCUCCCAUCAACCCUGAUGUUCUAGCCAAGGCCUUCCAAGUGGACGAUAAUGUGGUUGACAAUCUUCAGAAACAGUUCUGGUACGACAACAAUUAGUAAAAUACAACAAUAAUUAUGUAUUAAGUUGGCCAAUAUGUUUUUAACUACGUACCUACAAUAAAUUACUAUGAUGUAAUAUUAAUUGAAUAAGAUUGUUGGUUUUGAAAUAAUAUAAUUUCA